CCAGCCUGCUAACAUGGCGGCGGGCUCCGCAUCCUCCCUGGGUGGCGGCGCGUGGCCCGGCUCCGAGGCCGGGGACUUCUUGGCCCGCUAUCGGCAGGUGUCCCACAAGCUCAAGAAGCGAUUCCUGCGGAAGCCGAACGUGGCCGAGGCCGGGGAGCAGUUCGCGCAGCUGGCCCGUGAGCUGCGCGCCCAGGAGUGCCUGCCCUACGCCGCUUGGUGCCAGCUGGCCGUGGCGCGCUGCCACCAGGCGCUCUUCCACGGGCCCGGGGAAACGCUGGCCCUCACCGAGGCCGCCCGACUCUUCCUGCGGCAAGAGUGCGAAGCCCGCCAGCGCCUCGGCUGUCCGGACGCCUGUGGCGAGCCUCUGCAGGCGGCCGCCAGCGCCCUGGGCUCCGCCGUGCGCCUUCACCUCGAGCUGGGCCAGCCGGCCGCCGCCGCCGCCCUGUGCCUCGAGCUGGCUGCCGCCCUUCGCGCCCUGGGCCAGCCGGCCGCCGCCGCCGGUCACUUUCAGCGCGCUGCCCAGCUGCACCUGCCCCUGAUGCCGCUGGCCGCGCUGCAGGCGCUCGGCGACGCCGCCUCCUGCCAGCUGCUGGCGCGCGACUACACCGGCGCCCUGGCGCUCUUUACACGCAUGCAACGUCUGGCACGGGAGCAUGGCGGCCACCCGGUGCAGCACCCCGAGCCUCCUGGGCCCCAACCGCCCCCGUCGGGACCCCAGCCGAGACCUGGCUCGGCCCCGACCCUGCCCCUCCCGCUGCUCCCGGACCAAGCCCCAGGCUCUGCUGCGCCCUCUCCCCGCACACUGGGUGCCUUCGCAGACAUCCUUGUCAGGUGCGAGGUGUCCCGCGUGCUGCUGCUGCUGCUCCUGCAACCACCGCCCGCCAAGCUGCUGCCCGAGCAUGCCCAGACCCUGGAGAAGUACUCCUGGGAGGCUUUUGACAGCCACGGCCAGGAUAGCAGCGGCCACCUUCCCGAGGAACUGUUUCUGCUUUUGCAGUCCCUGGUCAUGGCUGCCCACGAAAAGGACAUAGAAGGCAUCAAGAAGCUGCAGGUGGAGAUGUGGCCGCUGCUGACUGCUGAGCAGAACCACCUCCUUCACCUUGUUCUGCAGGAAGCCAUCUCUCCCUCGGGCCAGGGGGUCUGAAAAGUCACCUGAACCAAGCAACCUUUCCUCCUGGUACCAACUUGUUUCAUCUUUGGGGACAGGUGAUGGAAGAUCUUGUGAUCUUGCUUCUGUGUUUUUCUCGAUUCUGUUGCCACCGUGGUAGUUUUAGCUGUGCUUGCCUAGCUUGUUACAUAAAUUAGUGCCUACCAGGUCCAUGCAUACUGCCUCAAACGAGGUAAAUUCAUCCCAUCCUUAAGGCUGCACGAGACUGCACUGUGUAACAAUCUGCUUUCUUUAUGUGCUGGUCAGUUGCUGGAUACUGUGUUGAUUCAUUUUCCUGGUUGUUCUAAGUAUAGUGACAAUAAACAUGGGAGGACAGGUGUUAAAACAACAACAAAAACAAGAGUCUGAUAUGGGGUAAAGACCUAGAAGAUCAGAGAACCAGGAGCAGCCGCCAGUUGCUUCCUUCCUUUCUCGGUCCUCAGUUGGAAAGGGCUGAGGUCCCAUCUCCACAGUGCUGGGAUUAAAGGCCUGUGCCACCACUUACUAGUGGCUAGCUCCACCCUCUGAUCUUGUCAGAACACAAACAAAAUAUCACACAACCAAAAUGGACUGAUUGUAUGUCCCUACCAAACCGCACGCCUAAGAUCCGAAUGUGGCUGGGUAUGUUAUUAUUUGCCUUUAAUCCUAGCACUGGAGAGGCACAAGGAGUACCUUUACUGUGAGGCUAGCCUGAUCUACAUAAGGAGUUCCAAGCAAGCCUGAACUACAUAGGGAGACCCUGUCUCAAAAACAAAGUAAAUUUCAUGUGUAUUUUCACCAAAACACCUUUUGCUUCGAGACAGCGUCUUACCGUGUGACUUAGGCUGUGUCGGAAUUCACUGUGUAUCCAGGCCGACCUCAAACUCAAGAUCCUACUGCUCACACCUCCAGAGGCCUGGGAAUGCAGCCGUGUGCUAGCAUGCACAGCCUUGCGGUUUACAACUUUGGCUACAUAGUGAGACCCUAUCUCGAAAAAUAUACGCUAUUUAUUUAUGUAUUUAUUUAUUUAUGGGUAGUGUGUGUGUGCACACGCACAUGCACACACUCAUGCCAUGGUGCCUGCCUGAAAGUCAGCGGACCACUUGCCAGAGUCGCUUCUCUCCUUCCACUGCAUGAGGCCUGGACAUCAAACUUAGAUAAUCAGGCUACACAGCCAGCUCAGAGUUUACCAUAACCUUUAUAAAAGUUCCCGGGCCUGGUAUUGGGAUGUAUUUGGCACAAUGCUUGCCCAGCAGGCACCAUUCCUAGCAACCAGAAAAACAAAACAAAUGACAACAAAACAGGUGUAGGGACACAUACCUGCAGUCCCAGCACUCAGUGGUUCAAAGGAUCAGAAACUCUGCACACAAAGGUUGAGGCUGCAGAAGGCCGUAUUUCAAAGAGAAAGGGCAUGGGUGAAAGGGGGGAGUUCCUGGGCAAUAAGUCUUCCAGAUCUUUAGGGUCAGUCCCAACAGGACUCAGUGGCAGGAUGACCGUCUGUGGGCUGUUUCGUCAGUAGUAAAUAGAUGGGACAAUCACUGUGGUCCAGCUGGCAGAACGAACAGAGAGCUCUCUGGUGAGUUUUCUUGGAGAGGGGUUACCAGGGCCCACUGGCUUGUCAAUGCCUUUUUUGAGUCUCAGCAUCUGUGAGGUUUUCUGGUUAUCAGUUUUUGGGACAGCAGGUGGCGAUGUUUAGCAAACUUGGGCACUGACAAGAAACCUGAAACUUUGAACUUGGGAAUUGGUCACCUAUAGCCUAGUAACCACCUUCAUGACCACAGCCAAAUACGGUUUGGGACAUUGUUGAAGACCAGCCUCAAUAUAACUCAUACUUUCUAGGGUAGGAGCGUGAGGAUUAGAAUUAUUAAGCAAAAGGAACACGGAAUAGCAUCGGGAGGGACAUUCAGUGAGCACUGAAUCCUGAACUCUUUAUUUUCCACAUGCUUAUAUACUUCAUUCCAAAAGGGGAGGGGGGAGGCAACAGACUUCAUUAAUGUGAUGUAAGGGAUAGACUUGAAUUUUCUGACCUUUAUAAAGCCCAAGUGGAGUGGAUCCAUCUCUACACCCCAAAGACUAAUUAACCACACCCUAGGUCAGGAUCUCCUGUUUGUAGCCACACCCGUUGUCAACAACUUUGAAAGAGCAAAAAUAAACUCAAACUCGCUGACCUCCAAUCAAGGUGGAACAGGCUCACAUCUGUGGAUCCCCACAAGACAUAAGACUUUUCUUCCUAUUUAAGUUUUUGGGAGCUCCUCGGUGGUUCCAGGAAAGAAGGCAGAUCAUGAGAGAGAGUGUGUGUGUAUACGUGCGUGUGUGCUCGUGCUCGCUGCAUGGAUUCACUUCCAAGUGCCUCCGGAAUGCUGUUCUGCCAAAGCCCUGGGUGGAGGCCACCUGAAGUCUUUCUGGAGCCAUGAAGAAAUUCAGAGGCAUCCCAAUGCUUGCUCUGCCCUCAGUAGCUCUGCACACAAGGCCUUCAGUUGUUCUGCCAGCUCCUCAUGGUACUGGGUUUGCCAGCUUUCCUCAGAAAGCAAAAUUUGAACCUAGCAGCCAAAUUUGAAUCCAGCACUUGGGAGGCAGAGAUAGGAGGAUCUCUGAGUUCCAGGCCAACCUGGUCUGCAGAGUGAAUUUCAGGACAUCCAGGGCUACACAGAGAAACCCUGUCUCAAAAAAAUGAGAGGGGGGGGGAAGAGAAAAGAAAGAAGCUGAAUUUGGGCUGGAGAGAGGCUUAGGAAGGCCCUGGAUUUCAUCCCCAAAACUGCCAUUAAAAAAAAAAAAGAACAGAAGAACUUGGAACUCUGUAGUAAAACACUGUCUUGGAUAGUUUUAUAUUUGUUAAAAGGAGUUAUUACUUUUAAAGCCCUUUGUGCAGAAGCACAGGGACAGCUGGCAAGAGUUGGUUUCGUUCUGACACCACAAAUCUCUCCAUCGUGUGGGUCCUGGGGACUGAACUCAGGUCUUUGGGCUUGGCAGCAAACAUGCUUACCUGCUGAACUACCUCACCAGCUCCUUGUAUUUUAAUUUUUACGUGUGUGUGUGUGUGUGUGUGUGUGUACCAGACGAGGGCAUUGGAUCCCCUGCAUAUGGGGUUAUAGAAGGAUAUGAGCUGCCAGUGUAUGCUGAGUCCUUUAUAACAGCAGCAAGUGCUCUUAACCACUGAGACAUAUCCCCAGCCCCACCUUAGACAUAUUUCAAAAUGAAAUCAUAUUUAUAUAUAUUUAAA